AUGGUCAAGAAUGCGAUCAAAGUCUAUGCGAGAUUAAGACCGGAAAUGAACCGGAAGAAUGCAAUGAACUACAAAGUGCAUCGUCAUCCCGACGAGAAUCCGAACGAAGAUUUCUUGAUCCUCCUGUCCCGGACGCAAAAAACGAAGGACUAUCCGGACAAUCGUCCGGAGUCAUGGAAUUACUCUUUCUUCCGAGUGUUCGAGGAAUCCGCGUCCCAGGAGGACGUCUUCGAGAACGUGGCGCGGCCGGUAAUGGAAAGCGCCCUGGACGGCUACAACGGGACCAUUUUCGCUUAUGGUCAGACGGCCAGUGGAAAAACGUACUCGAUAAUCGGCGAUCAAGGAAGACGCGAGGACCGCGGCAUCAUACCCAGGUGCCUGCAGUACCUGUUCGACAUCAUCGGAAAGCAGCCGGAGAACGUGUACACCGUCGAGGUGGCUUUUCUGGAGAUUUACAACGAGAACGGCUACGACCUGCUGGAUAGGCGGCAACGAGAGCUCGCAGUUACAAGAUUGGAAGAUUUACCUCGGGUGACUAUUCAGGAAGACGAGAAUGGCCAGUUGCAUUUGAAGAAUCUUGGCUUUCAUACGGUCGGAUGCUUGGAGGAUGCUUACGAGCUGCUUUUGGUGGGCGAUAGGAAUCGGGUUACUACAGAGACUCCAAUGAACCCCCAGUCAUCAAGAUCGCACUGCAUCUUUACCAUCGUGCUCUCUAUGAAGGAAUUUGGCGCUGAUCACUAUAAGCGAGCGAAAGUACACCUGGUGGAUCUAGCUGGGUCCGAACGAGUCUACAAAUGCUCUAUAACCGACACCAUUCUGACCGAGGCGAAACACAUUAACCUGAGCCUACAUUACCUGGAGCAAGUCAUAGUGUGUCUGGGUCAGGAGAGCGUUAGUCACAUUCCGUACAGAAAUUCGUGUUUAACGUCGAUUUUAAGAGACAGUUUGGGCGGAAACUGCAUGACCGCCAUGUUGGCCAACUUAAGUGUCGCAUCUUGGAAUUUAGAGGAGACCAUUUCCACGUGUAGAUUCGCUCAAAGGGUAGCUCUGAUUAAAAAUGACGUGAAACUGGUUCUGGAGACAAGCAUUCAAAGCGAGAACGCGUUGCUCAAGCUAGAAAACGAGAGACUGAAGCAGCAAAUUAGAACGAUGGCUGGUCGAACUCAAUCUGAAGAACUCACAGCUGAGGAUAAACGGAAAUUGGAUGCUCAAAUUAGAAAUUUUCUAGAAUCAAAAGCUAUUAUCUGUUGGAGUUAUAAUCCAAAGAGUAUCGAGUACUGUUUCGAAAGUUUUAGGAGAACUUUCCAAUUGAGCAGAGAUCCAAAGAGUUGCUUACAAAAAUUAAAGUAUUAUAAGGACUUGGUUGAUCAGAGAGACAAGGAAAUUUCACUGUUAAUCAAUCUGCUGAGAAAGGAAAAGAGGAAAAGACAGUACAUCCUGAAGGAAGAAUUAAAUGGCAACGUGGAAAGUAACUUAAUGUUCACUGAUAGAUCAUUGACUUUGAAUGAUACUUCUGAAGAUGUUAAAUAUAACGCUGAAACGAAUGAUUCCGUUGAACCAUCUACUGCACAACUUACUGAAAAUUUAAAUAGUCAAAGUCAACUAACAACUGUCUCAGAAAAUCGUACAAUGAACGUAAAAGAUAUCGAAAUAAAUGUGGACAAACUAAUUUCAAUCUCCAACCACAUUCUUCCAAAAAAGCACAAGAAAAAAUGUAAAAAUUCAAAAUCAACUAUUCAAAGUCAUAUUAAUCAUAAUUUACAGAGUAUUAUCACUGACGAAAGUAAAAGCAAUUUUAACAAAAAUUUUAUUAAUGAACGUAUCACCAGCCCCAUUAGCACUGCAUUAAAAAUUAAUACCAGAAGAAGUUCAUUUGAUCAAGUUUCAACAAAUAAACAUAUUUCUGUGGAUAAUAUAAAACCACAAUUAUUAAACUGCAACGUUGUUAAUCUAAGUUUAGACAAUUUAGUAUCUAACAAAAGUAAAGCACAUAUACAUGAAGAAACUCAGCAAUUCGUUCAUAAACGUGAGAAAACACAAUUCCAAAAUAGUGAAAUUAAAAGCUCAACGAUAAAGAAUGUUCGAUUAAGGUGUAGUCCGCGAUCAGCAGCCGCAAUUAACGAAGGAAAUGAGGGGAAUUCUAGCUGUCACUCCCAGAAUAUUAAAGCAGAAAAUUCUGUCACCCAAAGCGACCACUCAAUUCCAUUCUAUCAAAAAAUGUUGAGUUUCAAUGUGCCUCGAAAUCAAAUUAAAUCACCAUCAACUAUAGAAUUAUGCACAACUGAAUCCAUACCUUUAAAAAUUACUUUUGAAGAUCAGAAUUCCGAAUUGAAUUCACGUGCACAGAAUUAUGACUUGAAAUUGAACAACAUAUUUCAUGCUAAUAAGAAUUUCUCAACAUUUAUGCACUCAGAUGAUACAUUCCAGAGUAUAGAACCAAAUUCGAACUCAAAUAGCUUUAGUACUCGAAAAGAAUUCAAAGUACCCACUAUCAAAAAUGAUAAUUUCAAUUUUUCAAUUUCCUCAAGAUCUACUUCUAGUCAUUUACAAAAUAUUGAUAGAUUCGUUGAUAAUGUGACCUCGCGAAGUUUCACAGAACCGCUCGAAGCAAGCGUUAUUUGCAACGAAGAGAAAGACGCGAAAACACAUUCCACCAGAAGCGUUGUGUAUUCUCCCAAUAGCGAAAUGGAAGAUAAUAGAAGUAAAAGAAGCGGUAGAAAGUUAAGUGUUCGCAGUUUCACGCCUGACUGGCCGGAAACAUCAAAUUUUUUUAGUGCGACGACUAAAACUAAGGAAUGUUCGAAUAAAAAAUCGGAGAGUGACACGAAUAAUGACAGCUUCGAGGCCUCGCUUCCUCUGACAGGUGACCCGGAAAUUGACGAAGAGAUUAUUGCCUUUUACAAGGCGAAACGAUUAGGAGGUGUUUAUUGAAAAACAACUUUUCCGUUUGACAGUUUCACUAAUAGGAAUAUUAUGAUAAUUACAGACAAUUAUACAGUAUUUAUUUAUAACGUAACGCCAUUAUGAUAUUUGCAAUUACUUGCUAACAGAUUUGUACAAAACUUUAUAAAUGACAGCUCUAUAAGUACCUCUAUAAAUAACGUAUAGGAAACUCCUAUAAAUAAUUCUAAAUAUAAAUAAAUUACUACUUUAUCGAUAUUUUUAAUAUCUAUUCUGUUUAUACUGAUGAUAAUAGUGAAAGUAUUAAUCUUUUAACACGUUAACCAAUCCAUAUCAGUUUUCUCGCCAUACAUAUUCGCCUCCAAUAUUGUCAAUCGAUUCUCGUGGAUCAAAGCAAGAUGCUGGCGCUUUGCUAAGUUAUCAUACUUGCGAAUUUUGAAGCUGAGUAACUUAUCGAUGUCUAUUAUAAUAUUGUCCCUA